AUGAAUGUUCACAGCUCAGGACAUGUUCUUUCUGCUCCUCCCAGCCUUACACCUAGACAAGAGUUAAAUAAAGAAAUAAUUGACGCUGCGGUGCGGAUGUCCAAUAGAAAUUCUUCUUUCACGGAUAAUGCGAAUUCAUCAUCUCUUCUUGGAAGCGGUGGGACUCCAAACUCCUCGCUUGGGACGAUUAUCCAAGCUAAACCUCAAUUAAAGAACCUGAUUGGCGAUGCUACCAGAUUUGUCCCGACUUCUUUAAAAGUUCGUAGAACUACACGUGAUGGCCGUGGAAGAAUCAUAUCGGUUGGAGGAGGCAUCCCUUCGAGUGGUCCUGGGCUUAUUGGGUCUUCCAGUGAUGGUCAUUCGAGAUCGAUCGAUGGCAAAGCCAUUAAUGCAAACGCUCAGGCUAGCAAAGAUGACGCUUAUGAAGAGUUCAUGAGAGAAAUGGAGACACUCCUUUGA